AACCAGCCAUAGGUGAUGAUGGAAAAGGGUGGGGUGUAGUGUCUUUCGUCUCUGUUCAGAUGUCACUUAGAAGAAACGGCUGGUGGUUAAUAAAGUUAUUUCCUUUAUUUCUGGUCACACUCUGAAGAUCGUCUGUUUGCGCGGUGAAGUGUGAAAAUACAUCUGAGGGCACGUGGCUGACAUCAGUGGGAGUACGAUUUUCAAGUAAUGGUUUCCUCAGAAAUACAGGAAUUCAUUAAUCUGGAUGUUCUGGUCGUGCCUGUAACGCUACAAUUGUGACAACAUCUACCGCAAUAAGCAACAAAUAACCCCUGAGGACAAGUCCCCCAUCACUUCUUCGGGAAAAACAAAAGGACAUCUUUACAAGUGUGUGCUGGAGUUGUUGUAAAAUGAGAGUGAAGUGUUCAAAGUUCCUCAUUAUAAUAUUAGCCAGCAGCCUGUGCCUUGUUAUUUUCUAUUCGAAGCUGAAGAAUGUGGCGCCCUCUCCAAGAGAUCUGACUGAACUCCCGUCAGUCACAUCAUCCACCCUGAAAAAAACCACCACCACCACCACCACAGUAGCAACAACCGUCAAGAAAGUCAAAAGUGUUAUGCCAUAUAAACUUCCACCUCUGAAUAUUUCUGAGAAUUUCCAGAAGUUUAUUCCAAAAAACGGUGCCUUCUGGAACCGUAAACUUCAUGCUCUCCUCAGGCAGUUUGACGCUGCCAGAAAUCAAACGCUCGACGACCCGCGCAACAGGUUUCGGUGUCAACCUGAGAGUUUUGAAUUACUGCAAACAAACAUUCAAGAUGUUCAAUCAUACCCUUCCCUCUACCGUGACUUUCUUAAAGGCAUGGAAUGUCGGGAUCCGCCCAUUUUUAUCGAUCAGCCUGGAAAGUGUGUGUCGGGGAACAAAGCAGAGCAUAUUUUCCUUCUCUUUGCUAUUAAAUCUGCGCCGACGCACUUUGAGAGGCGCCAGGCGGUGCGAGAGACCUGGGGAAAAGAAGGCGCGUAUGAAAAUGGGGUGCAGGUGCGAACUGUCUUUCUGCUAGGUCGAUCGUCUAUGGAUGAUCCCAGUCUUGACAAACUCCUUUCGUUGGAAGCUCAAGAGUUUCGAGACCUUCUCAUUUGGGAUUUUCAAGACUCGUUUUAUAACCUGACACUGAAGGAGCACGUGUUCUUCAAAUGGAUGCUGGAAAGCUGUCCUCGCGUGUCUUUCGUCUUUAAAGGUGACGAUGAUGUUUUUGCGAACACUGAAGCGAUACUGAAACACUUGGAGUCUUUUGAACCUACGCAGGAGUCGUCUCUGUACACCGGGCAGAUCAUUUUUGAAGCCUCCCCAUUACGUGACACUAAAAUCAAAUAUUACGUUCCUCAGUCUUUCUACGAAGGCCCGUACCCACCGUAUGCUGGGGGUGGUGGCUUUCUCUUUUCUGGAAACCUUCUCCCGUCUCUUUACCAUGUUUCCUUCUACAUACCUUUCUUCCCUAUUGAUGAUGUGUACACGGGAAUGUGCUUUAAAGCCCUUGGAAUCACUCCAGUGAAACAUGGUGGUUUUAAGACGUUUGAUAUCCGCGAGCAAGACCGAGAGAACGUAUGUGUACACAAAGACCUGCUCCUGGUGCACCAACGGAACCCUCAGCAGACGAUGAGACUGUGGAGGAAUAUGCACAGCUCCAUGCUGACCUGCUGACAAGUCGUUUAAAAAGACCAUUCUGUUCAACCGAAAAAGCUUUGUGAAAAAUGUGGUUUUGUCAGACUCUGUAAAUUGAAGCUUUUUUUGCUUUCGUUUGGGUUGAAGUAACUUGGGCUGUGAAUUUGUAGAGGUUGAAGAUUGUACUUGCAGUGCAACUUGAAGUUAGUGCUGUCUAAGUGAUUAAUCACAAUUAAUCGAUUGAAAAAUAAAUGUUUACGAUAUAUGUACAUGUUGUGUAUAUUUGUAUGUACUGUAAGGAAAUGCACACAUACAUGUGUGUGUAUAUUUAACAAAUAUUUACAUAAAUAUAUAUACAGUAAAUGUAUAUGCAAAUAUAAUGUAGAAAUAUAGGCUACAUUACACGUAUUUCUUAAAUGUACAUAUAUACAAAGCUUAUAUAUAUAUAUUAUAUACACACAUAUGCCACACACACACUCACACAUUUAUUUUGGAAUCAAUUAAUCGAUUUGACAGCCUCGUGGUAAAUAUUUGAUUUCUGUAUUUUUAUUUUAUUUAUGUAACCGGCAUGGUGUCCACCUGUAGGAUUCUGUGCAAUUAAACUGAGCCGCUUUACAGGCUCACGAUAGGUCACGCAUAAAUUAAAACUUUGUCAUCAUUCACCCUCAUGUCAUUAAAAAUCCUGCAUGACUGACUGACUGACUUUUGCAGAUCACAAAAGAAGAUAAUUUGAAGAAUGUUAGUGUCCAAACAACAUUGACCCCCAAUGAAUUCCAUUGUAUGAACACAAAACCACUGAGACAUUUCUCCACUGAGUCAAAUAUGGGUUUUGAAGGUGAAUGAAAGAUCACAAGUUUUUUAUUUUUGUGUGAAGUUAGAUUCUGAUUCAUUCUUUUUGUGUUCAUGGGCAGUUAUUAUAGAGAAUGUGAAGCUACGUCAUAUUUUUUUUGCGGUUAUAUGUAUGUGUUUAUGGUUUCAUUUUAUUGUGUUUUGAAUGGGUUUAUUAAAUUGCACAAAAUUGAA